AUGAGUUAUCUUGAUUUUACCGAUGAUAUUAUUGCAAUAGACCAAUCUAAGGGUAUUACUCCGACGACUAUGCAACCAUUACCAACACCCUUAAGUACAUCUGCAGUUGUUCAACGUCAUCAUCAUCAACAACAGCAACAACAAGCAAAAGAUUUAUCCGACUGGAGAAAUAUUCAAUUAGGAGCAUCAUCGACACUUUUUGAUCCAUUCUGGCUACCACAAACACCAGUCACGCCACUAUCUAGUCCUUGGGCUGCAUCUAAUAAUACACUUUAUCCAUCACCUUAUAAUCAGUUAUCAUCUUCCUCUCAACAUCUAUAUCCAUCGACAAAUCCAAAUAACAAUAAUCAACCUUGGAAAAUACCAGCUUUUCCAAUAGAAAAAACACAGUCGUUUGGUCAUUUUAAUCAUCCAAUUCUAGUGAAUAAUGUUACUGACAUGCCAACAAAUGCAACAGUAAAUCCAUCGACUCCUAUCAGAAAUUUUAUUCCUGUUCAACCGCCUCCGUAUCCUUAUCCAACGCCUCCAAUUAUACCAUUGAUAUCAAAACAUCGACCUAAACCUUCUCGAGAAACUGAACUUAUUCUUAUACCUGAUCUGGAUAUUGAUGAAAUACUUGGAGAAGUGCAAUCUGUUAUACCCGAUAUUGACCUUGAUGCUGCACGUCAAACCAUCGUAUCCAUGAAUCCAAUUCCAUCAACAAAUGAUAUUGUGACACAUUUUCUUGAUAAUGGCUAUACAAAACGAGUAAAAAAAUCUCAUUCAACUAAUUCUGAACGGCAAUCAUCAUUAAAACGUUCAAUAUCCGAUAUGAUUGAUGAUAUACCAAAAUUUCUAUCAUCGUAUCCUGAUCCAGUAAAUUAUUUUUUCGAUACUAAACGUAAACAAUCCGAAUCGUAUACUAAUCAUGCUAAAGCAUUUCUUAUACGUGCAUUUCCAACGACAGAUAAAACGAUUUUAGAACAAGCAUUGCAAGAAGAAAAUUGUCAUUUCUUACCAACUGUGAGAAAACUAGAAACACGAGCUGGUAUUCGUACUAAUUCGUUUCUACAAAGAAUGACGAUUAAACGUUCAUUAGAUAUGAUUGAUUUAUCUAUUGAUGGCGUUGGUCGAAAGCCAUCUAUAGCAUGGAUAAUCAAAAACAAUAAAUUUGCAUAUCCAAUACCACAUAUACCUUGUGAGGAAUUUUACGAUGAACUUCGUUUUGCUAAAAAUGAAGUAAAAAUUCGACGAUAUCUUGGAAAAGUUUCUAAAGAACAUGAAAAACGUGUAAAAAAAGCGAAAAAAGGAAAUGAAACGCUUGAAUGUGAAAUAUGUUGUCAAGAAGAUCUUUUAAUUGAUGAUAUGGUUGAAUGUACUGUCGGACAUCUUUAUUGUCGGAAUUGUGUUCGAACACAUAUCGAUAUUUGUUUUAAAGAAGGAAAAUGUAGUUUUGCUUGUGUAGAAAAUUCAUGUCCUGGUGAAUAUACAAUGAGGCUUGUUAGUGAACUUUUACCACCAAAAGAUUUAAAGAGAUUAAAUAGAAGAAUACAAGAAGAAAAUAUUAGACAAGCUGCUAUUGAUGGCCUUGAAUGUUGUCCAUAUUGCCCAUACGCUGUUAUUGUUGAUAAUCCCGACGAUAAAAUAUUUCGUUGUCUAAAUCCUGAAUGUAUGAAAGAAACAUGCAGAUUAUGUAAAGAGCCUAAUCAUAUUCCGUUACGAUGUGAUGAAGUCGAAAAAGGAAUAGAACUUGAAAUGCGUAAAUUUAUCGAAGAACAUGUAACAGAAGCAAUGAUAAGAAAAUGUCCUCGAUGUACACAACGUUUUUAUAAAGUUGAAGGUUGUAAUAAAAUGACUUGUUCAUCGUGUGGCUUGUUUAUAUGUUAUGUGUGUCGAGAAACAAUCAAUGGCUAUGAUCAUUUUACAAAUAAUGAAAGAUGUACAUUAUCCAAUCAAAGUGAAAAGAUUCAUUAUGAAGAAAUGGUACAAGCAUAUCAAAAUGCUAAAAAUGAAUAUCGUCGUCUUCAUCCAGAAGCUCAUGAUAUGAUUCUUCGUUAUGACCCGAUAUCACAUCUAUUGAAACCACCUACUUCAACGACGGGUGCUACUUGA